UUUGCUUCACAACUUCAGGAAGGUCGAAAGAGGUUCUUGCUUCAACAGUGUUUGAACGGAACUUUGAGCUCGUCGAAAUUUCACGUUUUGUACGUUUUUGUUUGUAGAACCCGCCGAAAUGGAGACUUCCCAGAUCCGCCAGAACUACGACCGCGACUGCGAGGCUUUGAUCAACAAGGUGCUCAACUUGGAGCUUUACGCUGGAUACACCUACACCUCCAUGGCUCACUACUUCAAACGGGAUGAUGUUGCCCUUCCUGGUUUUGCCAAGUUCUUCAAGAAGAACAGCGAGGAGGAGCGUGAGCAUGCUGAGAAGUUCAUGGAGUUCCAGAACAAGAGGGGGGGACGCAUCCUGCUUCAGGACAUCAAGAAACCUGAUCGUGAUGUGUGGGACAAUGGACUGACUGCUAUGCAAAGCGCUCUUCAGGUGGAGAAGAACGUCAACCAGGCUCUGCUGGAUCUCCAUAAGGUCGCCUCUCAAAAGGGAGACCCCCAUCUGUGUGACUUCCUGGAGACUCACUACUUGGAUGAGCAGGUUGAGGCCAUCAAGAAGAUUGGUGACCAUAUCACCAACCUUACCAAGAUGGAUGCUGGCAACAACAGGAUGGCGGAGUACCUGUUUGACAAGCACACCCUGGAUGGAGACAGCAGCUAAAUGCAGCCCCUGGGAUCAUUUGCAUGCUCCAAAAUGUCUCUGUAAUUUAAAUUGGGUUUAAGAGCACAUUGUUUUCCUCACACAGCUUAUGCAGAACUGUACAUUUUUAAAUGGCUGAAAGGUAUAAAUCAAGUAAGUUGAUCAUUUGACUUACCAAGCCAUUGCUUUCCUGUUAAGUGCACAUUGGUCUUAACCUGGUGAAUUUGAAUAAACCUUUUGGACUGGAUUGACGUGUGUGGUUUUUCAAAAUUG